CUGCAGCCAGCGAUAUACGCGAUACUGCGGCAAAGCACUGGCCAAGGAGUCAGCAACUAUCACCACAGGUCGCGGACAGCCGCAGGAGACGCUCAGACGCAGCGCUGCAGCACUGCAGCCAUCGCCAUGGUCUUCUACCUCGUCGGCCUAGGACUGGGCGACGAGCGCGACAUCACCGUACGAGGCUUAGAAGCGGUGAAGAAAUGCGACCAGGUCUGGCUUGAAGCUUAUACUUCGGUAUUAUGCGUCGGCGUGGAGAGAUUGGAGGCGUUCCAGGUGGCUCAGCAACUAUCACCACAGGUCGCGGACAGCCGCAGGAGACGCUCAGACGCAGCGCUGCAGCACUGCAGCCAUCGCCAUGGUCUUCUACCUCGUCGGCCUAGGACUGGGCGACGAGCGCGACAUCACCGUACGAGGCUUAGAAGCGGUGAAGAAAUGCGACCAGGUCUGGCUUGAAGCUUAUACUUCGGUAUUAUGCGUCGGCGUGGAGAGAUUGGAGGCGUUCUACGGGCGAGAGGUCAAAGUUGCGAGCCGUGAAGUCGUCGAGUCCGGCUGCGACGAGAUGCUGGAGCGGAGCAAGGACGGGAAUGUGGCUUUGCUGGUCGUGGGCGACGUCCUUUGUGCUACUACACAUACUGAUAUAGCCUUACGAGCAAAAAAGCUCGACGUAAAGGUAGAAGUGAUCCAGAACGCGUCGGUCAUGGGCGCCGUCGGCAAGUGCGGGCUGCAGCUGUACUCGUACGGGCAGUGCGUGUCGCUGCCGUUCUGGACGGAGCAGUGGCGACCGACGAGUUGGUACGAGAAGAUCGCUUUUAAUCGAUCGGGGAACCUGCACACGCUGUGCUUGCUGGACAUCAAGGUGAAGGAGCCGGACUAUGCGCAUUUGGCCGAGACCGGUCGCACAAGGUACUUACCUCCUCGAUUUAUGACGAUCAACCAGGCGGUCGAGCAAUUAUUAAGUGCCGAGGCCGAGCACGGGCAGGGCGUCUGCGGUCCUGAUGCUAGGGCCGUCGGCUUGGCUAGAUUAGGCCAGGCCGACGAGCGCAUCGUCGCCGGGACGCUGGCGGAGCUGCGGUCCGUCGACUUCGGCGCGCCUUUACAUUGCCUCGUGCUCUGCGCGCCGACGUUGCACGACAUCGAGGCAGAGUACGUGGCCCAGUUCGCUGUGGCGGCAUAA